ACGGCGUCCUAACGCCGUUAGUUCUCCCUCCGCCUCCGUCCGCCUCGCGGGUUCACGCUGCGGGGCGGCGCGUUAGCGCGACUGUGAAGUUUUACCCUCCGCCGGAGCAAUCGAAGAACGAGAGAGAGGUCAGCGUCAAACCGAAGAAAAUCGGAAGCUAGAUGACUCUUCGGUCGGUCUUCAACGCCGGCGAGCUCACCGCCGAGUUCGAGAGCUCCGGCGUCAAUCAGCACUUCAUCCCUCCUAUCUGGAGGCACGUGAUUCAAAACCCAAACUGCGAAUGGGGUGACAUACAGUCGCUGCCGUCGGCGGCGUACGGGGUGCUCCGGACAAAGUUCAAGCCCAUGACCUCCUCCCUUCACUCUGCUAUCGACUCCAGUGACGAGGUCACCACGAAGCUCCUCAUCAAAUUGCAGAAUGGAGCUUUUGUGGAAGCUGUGAUAAUGAGGUAUGACACUCGCCUUGGGAAAUAUGCCGGGAAACCCCGACCAGGGGGUCCAAGAUCCACAUUAUGUAUAUCGUCUCAGGUUGGUUGCAAGAUGGGAUGCAAAUUUUGUGCGACAGGAAGCAUGGGUUUCAAGAACAAUUUAACAUCGGGAGAGAUCGUGGAACAGUUGGUUCACGCUUCUCGUAUAACGCCCAUACGCAAUGUUGUGUUCAUGGGGAUGGGCGAGCCUUUAAAUAACUAUAAUGCCUUAGUGGAAGCAGUCCGGGUGAUGACCAGAUCACCAUUUCAGCUGUCACUUAGGAGAAUUACUGUAUCGACGGUUGGCAUUGUUCAUGCUAUCAACAAACUUCAUAAUGAUUUACCUGGGUUGAACUUAGCUGUGUCGCUGCAUGCACCAGUGCAAGAGAUCCGAUGCCAGAUAAUGCCUGCAGCUCGUGCUUUCCCUCUCGAGAAACUUAUGAACGCGUUGCAAGUGUAUCAAAAUAACAGCAAGCAGAAAAUUUUUAUCGAGUAUAUAAUGCUUGACGGGGUAAACGAUGAGGAGCUGCAUGCCCAUCAAUUGGGGAAGUUGCUGGAUACAUUUGAAGUGGUUGUGAACUUGAUACCUUUCAAUCCCAUUGGUAACAUGAGUCAGUUCAGAACUAGUAGUGACGAGAAAGUUUUGAGGUUCCAAAAGAUCCUCCGGGGUAGCUAUAACAUCAGGACAACAGUUCGUAAGCAAAUGGGUCAGGAUAUAAGUGGGGCCUGUGGACAGUUGGUCGUUAAUGUUUCAGGAAAGAGGUCCCCUGUGAGUGCGGACGUGCCAACUGACAUUGAAGAUAUCUGUAUCUGACCGAAACGAAACAGGUCCUCGUAUUAGUCCAAGGGAACCCUGAAUUUUCCUGUUAUAUUUGCGACUUGCGAGAUCAGAGGCCAAAGUUUCUCUAAUUAUUUCUUGAAGGCCAGGAGUGUCUUAAAGCUGAAGAUGGCGAGGUUCGCCAAGGGUGAAGCACUCGAGUCCUGAAGAACUUAGUCACAAGAAUGGAUCUGAUCGAUCAAGCAGCUGAUCUACGGGUUGCCAGCUGCAGUACUUAAAUUGAUUCAUCGCCUUUUCUCACAUAUGUAAUCGGGGAUACAAUUAGUUUGUCAUAAGAAGAUCAUUUUGCAGGUAAAGCUUCUUCGGGUUUUCGUUCUUA